AUGUCUAGCAAAUUGCCUUUCACUCUGACAUCUCCUCGAGUCUUCACUGCUCCUAUUCAAAAGCCAUUCAUCUCUUCUUCAUCAUCAGCAUCAUUGCCAUCAUUACCAUCCCCUUCUUGCUCUACCAGGGUUCAAUUCAAUGGAAAACUGCUUUCUCUUAGGCGCAGAAUGCUUUUACUUCCCACCAAGGCCACUGCUGACCAACAAGCUGAUCAAGCCCAAGAAGAUGAGACGGUCGAUAGUAAAAUCUUGCAAUACUGUAGCAUAGACAAAAAAGAUAAGAAGUCGUUGGGUGAAAUGGAGCAAGAGUUUCUGCAAGCACUACAAGCAUUUUAUUACGAGGGAAAAUCUAUAAUGUCAAAUGAAGAAUUUGAUAAUCUCAAGGAAGAACUAAUGUGGGAAGGAAGCAGCGUGGUUAUGCUAAGUUCUGAUGAACAGAAGUUUCUUGAGGCCUCGAUGGCUUAUGUAUCAGGAAAUCCAAUCAUGAGUGAUGAAGAGUAUGAUGAGCUGAAACAGAGAUUAAAGUCAGAAGGCAGCGAAAUAGUUGUCGAGGGUCCGAGAUGCAGUCUCCGUAGUAGAAAGGUUUACAGUGACCUGUCUGUUGACUAUCUGAAGAUGUUCCUGUUGAACGUACCAGCAACCGUUGUUGCACUAGGCUUGUUUUUCUUCUUGGAUGAUCUCACUGGUUUUGAAAUCACUUAUCUUUUGGAGCUACCAGAGCCAUUCAGUUUCCUUUUCACUUGGUUUGCUGCUGUGCCCCUCAUUGUUUGGUUAGCUCUGACACUAACAAAUGCAAUUGUGAAAGACUUUUUGAUCUUGAAGGGCCCAUGUCCCAACUGUGGCACAGAGAAUGGCUCCUUCUUUGGAACCAUAUUGUCUAUUUCAAGUGGUGGAACCAGCAACACCCUUAGGUGCUCGAAUUGUUCGACUGAAUUGGUGUACAAUUCAAAAACACGGUUGAUCACACUGCCAGAAGGAAGCGAAGCUUGA